GUUAAGUCAGAGCAGGUUUCAUGCACUGCACCUAUAAUAUAUUUAAAUUAGCUGUGUCAAAAGUAGAUCUAUCUUAAAUAUGCUAAGACGCUACAUUAAUUAUUAUUGUGCAAUCAUGAAGCUUUACUGUUUACUGAUUAUGAUAUUUUCAAUGGUGACUACCAGUAAGUGUGACUACCACAUAUUGAUGCAAUUCCAGUCAUACAACAAUCCUAGUGGUCACUGCAGUACCUGUCGCAGUAGCAGUUCAACUAGUGAGCCUCUAGGCUGCUGCGAUCAAAUCAGUGAGAAAGGCACUUGUACUGGAGCUAAUCGCUGUGAUACGUACUUUCGUAUUUGUCUUGUACCACUUGGUUUACCUGAACAAUGUGUGGGGGACAGGUUCGUGGUAACUGGUACAAAUGUGGAUGACAGGGCUAUUAACUUUAACCUUGCCACGUUUCUUGAAGUUGGAAACCCAUUGAGAUUGAAUGGAAUCUCACGAUAUUGGGAUGGUGCACAGCUUUUGAUCCGAGCCCAUGACAGUGAUGCACAUUCUUCUGAAGACCCUCUGGUUGAUAUAUUUGUUAAACGCCUAUCCGCACCUAGUUAUCAAGUUGGACAAAACUUUCAAAAACUUCUCAUUGGGAGAGAAAAUAUCGCCCAACUUGGAUUUACUUUUCGUGUAGUUUGCAGCGAAAACUUUCGCGGUCCUUCCUGUGGGGAAAUGAUCCAAUCUCAGUCCUGUAGCAUGUUUGGUGGCCUAGAAUGUGCUGGAAAUGGGGUAUGUGUGAAUAGUGUAUGUGAAUGCAAUUCUGGCUACAAUGGAGAUAGUUGUCAACUCAAUAUCGAUGACUGUGGAGCAGUAAACUGCAGUGGCCAAGGCUCCUGUUUGGACGGUACCAAUAACUACACUUGUAUUUGUGAAUCAGGGUUUUCCGGUCAAAACUGUGAAGUAAAACUAAUGCAAGACGUCUGUGCAAACGUUGAGUGUACUGAGGGUACUCACUGUGAGGCCAGAACUGUAGAUGAGCAAUCACCUUCUGCCGAGUGUGUUUGCAACAGUAAUGUGAGCAUGUGUAAUACUGAGCCUCCUACUACAACCAUACCAACAGAUCCAGACAAUCCAGUGUUGGAUCCUCUGAUUCCUCUCAUUGCUGGGAUUGGUGGAGGUCUACUGCUUGUGAGUGUCUGUAUUGUCAUUCUGCUCAUAACCAUUUGUGCUGUCUUGAGGAAGAGAGCAUCACCACAGACAAUAGGUCGAUCAGUGGGGAAAAUGUCUCCUACACCAGAUACCAUUUUCAAAGGAAAGAAUGAAAGAAACAUUAGUGCUGUUAGUAUGCCGCUACCAUCAACCCCUUUCAGUACAACGCUGAGUGUAGGAGAGGACUCUAAUGACGAGGGGGAAUACGUCUAUCAAUACAUUUACGAUGUUGUAUCUGAUGAUACCAAACAAAAUAAUCUUCACACUAUCUGAUUGUGAUGUACGAUCUCACGUAUAUUCGCUAUACAGUCAUGCAUUCCUUCCAUCCAAACUGUAGACAUAAUUAUAUAUAUAUACUGUACAUGCGCAUUACAAGAUGAAUUUCACUUUUCCUUUGA